AUGCCCGAGAUUGUGGGCAAGGAAGUAGGCCCCAUUGGCUUUGGUCUGAUGGGAUUGACUUGGCGAGCGACGCCACCGUCUCAGGAUCAGGCCUUCGAGGCUAUGCGCACCGCUAUCCAUAAUGGAAGUAACUGUUGGAAUGGUGGCGAAUUCUACGGAUCCCCUGAUUACAAUAGUCUCGUGCUCCUGGAACGGUACCUUGAGAAGUAUCCAGAAGAUGCCGAUAAAAUCGUUCUGAACAUCAAGGGUGGUUUGAACCCCCAGACUCACCAGGUAGACGCCUCUCCGGAGAACACUCGCAGAAGUCUGGAUAACUGCAUUGCUCAGUUAAAGGGCCGCAAACAAAAGAUUGACAUGUUUGAAUUCGGUCGCCGCGACCCAGCUGUGCCGAUGGAUGUCACCUUUGAUUUGAUCGAUAGGGAGUAUGUCCAGACUGGAAAGAUCGGGGGCAUCGCCCUGUCAGAGGUGCGGGCUGAGACCAUUCAUGAAGCCGUCAAACACACCAAGGUGGUCGCGGUAGAGGCCGAACUCUCCUUGUUCACUACCGACAUCUUGGAGAAUGGUGUCGCUGCGGCAUGCGCUCAAUAUGGGAUCCCAAUCAUCGCCUACUCGCCCAUUGGCCGAGGCAUGUUAACCGGCCAGUUCAAGAAGUUUGACGACCUUCCAAAGGACUCGCUGCUGCUCUCCCUCAACUUCCCCCGCUUCCAGCAGGGUAACUUCGAGAAGAAUAUGCAGCUGGUCGAGAAGGUGGAGGAGAUCGCGAAGAAAAAGGACUGCACACCAGCACAGCUGGCUAUUAACUGGACGAGAACGCUAUCCAGGCGUCCGGGGAUGCCGACUAUUAUCCCGAUUCCCGGUGCGACAACAGCAGACCGGGUGGAGGAGAACACUGGUGGACGAUACCCCGAGAUCAUCCCGACUAAUACGUAG